CCUGUAGAUCAGAAAACUGUGGCAGAUCGCGGCGAAUAUGCUGCGGCUCGGCCUGCGGCUGCGCUGCCUAAGCGGCCGUUAGUGGACCGACUGGCCAGGGAGGGUCCGCGCCGCUACCUGUACCUGUGCUCGGCCGGUCACAGCGAUCCUUUAAUCGCAACGCUCCACACGCUGUCUUUUAUUUACCGAGUACAGCAGGAGAGAGGUGAAAUAUACUGCGUCUCUGAACGAAGCCGGUGCCCCUACCUUCUCUACCGAUCGUGUGUGCGGUGACUGACUGAACGAGGCGAAACAACAACACCACCACCUCCGUUUUGAGGGAACGAGGAAGGAAGAGGAAGAAAACACAGAGAAAGGACUCUGAACCACUUGGUGUUGAGGGGGAGAGGAAGAAGAGCAGGAGGGGAGAGACUCGCGUGUGCUCGAUUCAGCUGUUCCCCUUAGUUUUAUUUUUAAAGCCUUCGGUUAACUUUGUUCUGAUUACUGUUUUACAUUGUUACAGCUGUUCACUACUGUUCUUUGACAUUUUUGUUGUAUUCGAGGGGGUUUUUUUUUUCCAAUUUAUUUUUGCUCGAGAGCCACUGCUUCGGUUCCUCCUCCGUCCCCCAUCUCAGAUCAGGCAGCUAUUCCCCCUGUUUUUGGGGAUCCCUGUGAGCAGCAGCAACACCACUCAGCCUUCUCACCCAAGCCUAACCGAGACCCAGCCUGGUGCAGCUCGCUCCGCCCUGGUCCGCUCCCCUGGACAGAAAACACCAAUUCUUGUGGACAAGAGGAAUAUGACUGCUGAGACUCUCAACUUCGGCCCAGAAUGGCUUCGUGCACUGUCCAGUGGUGGAAGUGUGACGUCCCCUCCCCCCUCCCCUGCCAUGCCAAAGUACAAGCUGGCCGAUUACCGCUACGGCCGAGAGGAGAUGUUAGCACUUUAUAUCAAAGACAACAAGGUCCCAGAAGAAAUGCAAGAUAAGGAGUUUGCAGCUAUUCUGCAGGAUGAACCUUUACAGCCACUGGCCCUCGUGCCCUUGACUGAAGAGGAGCAGAGGAACUUUUCCAUGUCUGUGAAUAGUGUGGCUGUGCUGAGGCUCAUGGGGAAAGGAGGGGGGGCCAUCCCGGCAGGUGUGACCAGAGGCCGAGGCAGCACACGAGGUGGCAGAGGGCGAGGCAGAGGUGACAGCGGAUUCUACCAAAGAAGUAUUGAGGAUGCUGAAGUGGGCUUUGGACGAAGUGCAAGAGAGAUCCAUCGCAGCCAGAGCUGGGAUGACCGGGGUGAGCGCCGUUUUGAAAAGCCUGCCCGCCGGGAUGGGGUGCGUGUCGCCUUUGAGGAGACUGGUGCUGGAUCAAGGAAGGACUACGCCCGUGCGGACAGUGAGAACUGGCGCACCCUUCGUGAAGAACAGGAAGAAGAGGAUGCAGGGACUGAGCCUGCAGGCAGCUGGAGGGUGGCAGGUGUCCGUCGUGAUGAUGGGGGUCCUCGUUCUGCAGGGUGGCGGGAGCAUGGUGGCUCUGUAGAUGGCCGGCGCCGGAAGUUUGAUUUUGACUUCCGAGAGCACCCAGAGGGGGGGCGCCGGCGUGCAGGAAGUGAGGGUCCAGAGGAAGACCGAGAUGGCCUGCCGGAGUGGUGCACAGACGAAGAGGAUGGAGAGAUGGGCACCUUUGAUUCAUCUGGGGCAUUUCUCCCAAUCAAGAAGGGCUCCAAAGAUGCCAUUCCUGAGGAGCAGAGGCUGGAUUUCCAGGGUUUGGAAGAGGAGGAGGAGGAGAACAGCCUGACUCAGCACAGGAAAGAGAGUGGAACAGAGAAAGCUGAAGAGAAAGAGCCAGCUGUAACCUGUGACAGAGAAGUAAAGUCUACAGCCCCACCUUCUCCACCUGCCAUUUCAUCCCCUCCUGCUUCUGUGGCAGAGUCCCAGUCCCCCCUCAUUGAGCCGGAUCCCCCCCAGGUGUCCCAGGCCCCCAGCAUACGCCCUGCUAAGGCCAACAAGAUGCCAAAUGAAGAGGGUGCCUCUGCAGGGGGUCCCACUCAGCUAAGCCCUGGUUCCUCCUCUAGCCUGCCUUCAUCACCGCCCUCCUCUGCUGCUACAGACCUCCCACCACUGGUGGGUGACACCGAGGAUGAUGAGGGCUUGAAGCACUUGCAACAGGAGGCGGAGAAGAUGGUGGCAUCACUGCAGGACAGCUCCCUGGAUGAGGAGAGCUUCACACAGACCCUGCAGGACAGAUGCAACACUGCUGCUGCCCUGCCCCUGUCUCAUGAGGCUGCCAUGAAGUGGUUUUACAAGGACCCGCAAGGCGAGAUCCAGGGUCCUUUCACCACCCUGGAGAUGUCAGAGUGGUUCCAGGCAGGCUACUUCAGUAUGACGCUACUUGUUAAAAGGGGCUGUGAUGAGGGCUUCCAGCCUCUGGGGGACGUCAUCAAAAUGUGGGGUCGUGUGCCUUUUGCUCCGGGGCCGUCCCCCCCGCCCCUGCUGGUGAGACAGCCCCUGUGCCCCAUUGCGGCGCAGGGUCCUGCUGGCAACAUGGACCAGGAGAGGCUGAAGAAGCAACAGGAACUGGCAGCAGCAGCAGCCCUCUUCCAGCAGCUCCAGCAGCAACAGCAGCUCUUCCAGCUUAUUAACAGGUGUGGAGAGCAGGGUAUGAUGCCUUCAAUGAACAGAUCAAUGUCAGUGCCAGAUACAGGGUCCAUGUGGGACAUGCAUACCUCAGCUUCACAGCAAUCAGGCGGUGAAGCCAGUUUGUGGGACUUAACAAUGAAUACUUCAACUCAGGGUCCAACUCUCGAACAGCUUCAGAAGCUCCAGCAGGAGAGACGAGAUGCCGAACUCAGGGCAAAACGUGAGGAGGAGGAGCGAAAGCGCAGAGAGGAAAAAAGGAGGCAGCAGGAGGAGCAGAAGAGACGGGAGGAAGAAGAGCUCUACCGUCGGAAACAAUGCCGGCAGCAGCAGGAACUGAUCCUGAAGCUGCUUCAACAAACCCAGCAACAGUCAACUCAGUCAGGCUCGGCAUGGAGUGGGGGCCCAGGAGCAGCAUUGUCCAAGCCUGGCAAGGCCAUGAGUGUGCUGGAGCUGCAGCAGGAGGCUGAGCGACAGCUUCACAAACAACAGAGAGUCCAGCAGCAGCAGAGAGACAGGCACGGAGGCAUGUCACUGGGGAGUCCUGGUGUGUCGGCCCUUGGGGGGCAAUGGGGCGAGACGGCUGGCAGCCUGUGGGCCAGUGGGAGCAUGGAGAGCAAGACUGGGGGCAGUGGAAUGGGCCUGUGGGAUGAAGCUGUGAAGAACCAGGCCAGCCUGCGCAAUAUGGGCCUUAAGACUAGCCGCAGCAGCCCGUCCCUCAGUGAGCCAUACCUGCUUAACCGGCGGAAGCGCACAGAGGAAGAGGACAAGUUGCUGAAGUUGCUGCAGGGCAUGAAGCCACAGGAUGGGUUCACCACCUGGUGUGAGCAAAUGUUGCAUGCGCUCAACACCUCACCCAACAAUUCCUCCUCCUCACUUGAUGUCGCCACAAUUGUUGCGUACCUGAAGGAGGUGGAGUCCCCUUACGAUGUGUUGGAUUUCAUCCGCUCUUACCUGGGGGACACCGUGGAAGCCAAAGAGUUUGCCAAACAGUUCCUGGAGCGCCGUGCCAAACAGAAAGCCAACCACCAGAGACAGCAGCAGCAGCUGUCAAAGGAAGUAGCUGGACUUACAAUGAACUUCCCCAUACAGGACUCAAUGCGUGGCAUGAACCCAGCCUUGCAGUCGAUGUUCCAGUCAGCCCACAUGGGGAAGGUUGGCGUCUACGACGGUCAGAGUGGGAAGAUGAUGAAGAAGAAGCAGUCCAUGAUGUUGCACUCCGAUCCCAGCAUCUUAGGGUACUCAUUCCACAGCGCUGGGGACCGGCUGAGCCUGGGCGAGAUGGAGAUGGUGGAGGAGUACUGAUCCACAGCAAUAGCUACCUGAGGCCUUUGUCUGACACUCAGACACCCUGAUGACGAAUGUGCACUGCUAGGGGAGGAGCCAGAGGGGCAGGUGGGGGUUUGGGCAGGGUACUGGACAACUGGUCACAACCCACCAUCCCCAGCCCAACCCCACUCCAGGACAGAGAGGGGGUCACCCCUCCAUGGUGAGGUGAAGGGGUAGGGGAGCUGUGAGGAGAGGGCAUCCUCUGGCACUUAUUACAGUAAGCACCUUAAACUAACUACUGCACUUUAUUAAGAGGGAUUUGAAUAGGGGUUUUGUUUCUUUUUAAGAACACAAGGGGGUGUGUGUGUGCGUGCGUGGGUGUGCGCACGAUUAUAUAGAACUGGAAGGUUACAUUUCUUAUGAAAAUAGUCAAAAGGUGGGUGUAUGAAGUUUUGG